ACUCAAAGUGGGUCAGUGAGGUGGAAAGUGGUCUUGCUCGAUCUUCAUGGUAUCUCCAGUUCAUUCAGUGAUAAGUUCUUGAGGUGCGCGAUUCGGUUAUACCGGGUGAUCGAUCUGUCGAGUGGAUAAGUGAAAAUACCCUAACUGAACAUUUUUAUGGGAUACUGAAGACGAAAAGGAUUGGAACUGAUGAUAACUAAUAAGAUGAUAUCAUUCAAGGUGCUGCAAUUGCUGCUCUUCCUUGCUUCGGCUUCUGCUGACGGCAUACAACCAUCCAUAGCCCGAACCGAACUGAAGGUGUCCCGCAGUUUGAACCCUGAGGACACCCAAACUCUCAACGUAAGAACGAGGGAGGGAACCAUAGCUCAACUCAUCGUCAAGAAGAGGGAUGGCAAAACACAGUACGCAAAUUCUCAAAAUCUGCAGAAUAAUCUGGUAUCCGAUGCUGGUCAUUCCUCGGGUUCCGGUAAACCACCGGCAAUUGGAAAACUGCAUCCCGUUUCUGGGACUUACAACAAUUGGAUACCCGUCAGAGAUGUGUAUUUUCAACCGAAGAUAAUCACGUUAGAGACUAUUGCUCUGGUUAGGAAUGCUUCUGAUGGCGACUUUGCUGGGGGAAGAAGAGGAAAUAACAAUUUGGGAAAUGUUAUAGAUAGUGACAGGAUCCCCAACAUCCCUAAACCGGUCACCAUCUUCUCCGAAGACGUCUAUUUCAAGAACCCGAAAAAAAAAUCCCGAUCCGUGAUACACAUCGACAACGAUGGUAUACCGGUCAUCCAUGGUGUUCGCGUUCCGGACGAUGAAUCUGACAAGAAAACCUGGAGAAACGCCCGCGUCAUAAACGGAGAACUGGUUCCUUACGAAGCUGGAUAUAAACCACCAGCAGCCGUACCAAUCGGCGAACUGGUUUACGCCAGCCAGGCCCACAAACCAACCAGGGAAGAGACCAAAAGUUCCGGACCCUACACCAGAGAGGAUAACUUCAAGCCUGUGGAUUACGGGAAAGGCACCCUUGGUCCUUUCACCAUCAAGGACAACCUGGAUUAUUCGAAUACUCGGUACAAAGCUGAACCGUUCCGUUACCAAUCUACCAACAACUUUGGACCCUUCUCCAGACCAGGCAUAAACUCGGAUGACUCGGCCAAACUAUACGAUUUUAUCAAGGAAAUCAACAGGAAUGAAGCGGAGAAAGACUACUCCAACCGAAGAUACAGGUCCUACCAAAACGAGCCCCAGAUCCAACGUAGGAUGUUGCAGUACCCUGGCCACAACUCCUACCCAACCUCCCAGCUGUACACCCCGAGCACCAAACUGAGCCCCGUAACCUUCACCGAAGGGGUCAGAGCUCCUGUCCUCCAGUACGCCCAUCCAGAACUGGGAGUACAACCCGCCAAACCCACAGCGGAGGAAGAGAACACCCUCAAAGAUUCCUACACCAACCAGAACGUGUUCUCAGACAGCGGAAGGCAGCAAUACCACGACAACAGCGUUAACUACUUCAAAAAAGACGUCAUGAACUACCCUUACAACACCUUAUACGUGAAACCCAAACCAGAGCAAUCCCUCUGGAUAAGAAUAGCCGAAACUGUCAAAGAUAACGUCCAAACUGGAUUUGAGAGGGUGCAAAGGUUCACGAAGCCAGUCUUCGAACCUCUGAUGGAAGCCACGCACAAGAUCUCUCACAAUCUGGGUUUGGUGGGACCCCCGCAAGCUCAGCAGAAGGUUGGUUUCGUAGGGCCCGUACAAACUUCCAUCUUUCUCCCUGCUCUUGGACUGGUGGCUGGUGGGGCUGCCUUGGGGUUGGGCGCUGCAGCUAUGGGGCGAUUCCUGAGUCCGGAGCAGAUGAGGGCUCUGAGGGACCAACAGAAUGAGGAGCAGAUUAAGGCUUUCGAUCCGAGUAACGACAUUUUUCUGAUAAUGGAGGAAUCGAUCAGGAACGAUCACCACAGGAGGUACAAACGGAAUCUUCAGGAAGAAGUUUACAUGCAGAAUUUGGUGGGUGUAAAUGAGAAUUCGCAUCUUAUUGGGCUGUCGGAUCCUCAGUAUUGGUCUGAUACCCCGUGCGCUAAAAAAUUGUUUUGUGAAGUGAUGUUGUUGCAGAGUGAAGACGAUGUUGUGCUUAUGGAGAAGAAGAUGGAUAUGCUGAUGUUGAGGGUACAUCCAGAAAUUCAAGAAAUGGUUUCGGUGCAUUUACAAGAUGUCAUGGAUGCUAUCAAAUCAAAGGAGUGCACCAGAUUUCAAUGCAGGAGAAGACUGCCUUUACCCAAUCGAUUCAUAUAAUGAUUGUGUGAAUAUUUGUGGCAAACGCUUUAUAAAACACAGAAGGUUUCUUUCCUCAUUAUGAUGUAGGAAAAAUAAAGUGAACCUUUGACUUCUACCAAAAAAAUAUUGAAUGAUGUGGGUGUCUCUGCAUUCGAAGAUUGUAUAUAUGACUUAUAAUUUAUUUACAUAAUUUUGUUGUAUAAGUAUAUAUAUUACCGAAUA